AUGGCUCCAAGAGAGGGUCCAAAGUGUCCCCUAGCCUGCAACUACUGCCGUCUCAAGAAGGCAAAAUGCAAUGGAGUGCGACCAUGCAAUAACUGUGUUAGUCGUCGAGAAAAUUGUGUGUUCGCACCAGCACCGCAACGGAAGAGGAAAAAGGCCGCCGAUAGCGCCAAAAUACUAGAAGACAGACUCGCUCGUAUGGAGUCGUUGUUCAAUGCAGUCGUGACAGAAAGAACACCAAAUUCAAGGAAUGAGGUAGAGACUGAAAUCUUCAGCAUCGCCGAUGCUCGAACACCUCACGUACAAUCCAAUCGAAUUUUGCAUGCCGCUUCAAAAACGUCUCUUUCAAGUCAACCGGAGCCUGAGAUAGGCAAUCUGCCCGUUAAUCCUACAUCUGAUGACGUGGCUUUGAAUAUUGUUAACGAAAAUGGUGUUGCCGAUCAAGACUAUCGCGAUCGCGGUGACAUUCCAGACAUUGAAAUGUCUCUUUCUAGCUGGUCUGACAGCGUCACGAAUGAAAACAACCCAGCUAGGGCCUCUUAUGCACCAUUUGACUCUGAGCAGAUUGUCGGAGCAGACCAAGAUGCCAGGAUUGCUAUUGUCAAAGAAGCUCCGUUGCUAACUCCAAAGACAUGGGCUGAAGAUAGUGUUGUGUCGCCACAAAUUAGCAACUUUGAGCACCAUGGCCCUACUUCAUAUCUAUCAAUAUGUUCUCAUCCAGCGGUCAGAUGGAUUUCGCAGAUGGGUAGUGCUCCGGACUUCGUUUCAACUGCCCAAAACUUCUCACUAAACACGACUCGGACAUUGAAGUUGGACAGUAAGCUUUCUACAGAGAGAGCACCGGAGCCGGAUGCUGAUAUCGCUCGGAUCUAUUGCGAUGCCUAUUUUCAAUAUUCUAUGGAGGGAGUGUUUGGUGUGGUUGACCGCAAGCAGUUCGAGACAAAGUUAGAAGCACAGUUUUGUGGUGACCUCAAGAAUGACGAUCCUGAAUGGUAUGCAUUGCGUAAUGCUGUUUACGCUUCAGGAUGUAAGGUUUAUUUGUCACGCUUGUCACGAUCUAAUUCUUUUGUCAAGUCGCAAGAACAAGCCUGGAAAUAUUUUGAGAAUGCUCUUUCUGUCCAUACUGAACUCAUAUACAUGCGGUCAAGCUUAAUGGCCAUCCAAGCCCUCGUCACCAUGGCUUUCUUUACCGAAGGGCUAGGUAAUCCAGCUUUAGAGUAUAUGCUUAUCUCUAAUGCUGUACGGCUUGCUCAGUCCAAAGGUUUACAUCGCCAGCCUUCCGAUGCUUGGAAAAUGAACGAGUCAGAGAUCCAACGUCGAAGCUGGUUAUUUUGGGUGAUUUACUCUUACGAUAAACAUAUAGCAUUUCGUUCUGGAAGGCCCUCGGCAAUAGACGAUGAUGAUAUCAGCUGCGACAUGCCUAAGCUGAACGUGGAAAAUGGCAUACCGGAUAAGGAAUUUGUUGUAGAAGUUAUUAAACAUGCAAAAAUUGCUUCGCGCAUUGCUAAGGAUCUAACAUCGGCCAAAAGCUCAAAACAGUCUCCUGACCUGUUAGCUCAACGGGCCCAAGAGCUUGAGAAACAAUUAAAAGAAUGGCGGGAAAGCAUACCAGCCUCAAUACCAUCAUUGAAAUCCGCGAAUUCAACGAUGAUUCCUGGUGGUAAUUCGUAUCACGCAAUUUACCUUCAUUUCGCAUAUUUUGGAAGCCUGGUCGCUAUCCAUUCCAUCUUUGCAUACCCGUGGUACUAUUUCGCGUACUCUGACAGGCAGAGCUCUUCCCUGAAAGAUCAGGUCUCAACAAGCGCAAAAGCAGUUAUGGAAGCAUCAAGAGAGAUUGUGCUAGCCACUAGGCUAGUUUUCUUCUAUCCACUCUUGGGCCUAAUAAAUAUUUUUAUUCACAUAUUGAAGAACCCAAACCUCCCCACAAUUGCAUCGGACCUAGCGCUGAUGGACAUUGUCGCUGGCCAUUUUGCAUACCUAUCAUAUCAUUCUGAUUCUAGGUUGUCAUUUCCAUUUAUCGAAGAUAUCAUUCGGAUUGCCCGCACAGUUGUCAAAAGGGCAAAAGAUAAAGAUCUGGCCUCGCCCACUCAACUAGAGGGAACGGAAAGGAUCAUUUUGAAUUCCAUGAAUGGUGUAGAAAGUCAAAUAUUUUCAUCGGACGCGAUUGAAAACUUUGACCAGUUCGAUUUUACACAAGAAAGUUGGCCAACUUUUAUGCCUUCAAUUUCUCAGGUGUCCUCAAUGGCAGCAGACUGCUUCCGGUUGGGUGAAGUUGAGCCAUCCUUUGAAUUACGACAUCCGGAAGAAUCUGUGAUUCUUUCUGGGACAUAG